AGCCAAAACUACAGCCAUUAUUCAGAGGGGCGUUCUACUACUCUCCCAUUGACGAGCUAACGUUGUCUCACUCACAGGCGAUCAGCGCAGAGACAGUAGCCUUCCAAGCCUCAGUCUGCGAGUUGCCUAGCAACUAGGCUCCACUCUGGUUUGCCAGUUGCCCACUGACUAGAGACAGCCAUUAGUUGAGUUUUAGUAGUACAGAUCCCGGAGGCCCAUUGGAUGAAAACUAUCAGCCGGGAACAAGCUCAACAUCAUCUGACUUGGAUGAGGAAAAAGGACUUCAUGAGGCUGGCAAGAGACAAAGUGUUCAGUCUGAGUCCAAGGUCAUGCAGAUCAUGAAGUUCUGCCAGACCAGCUGCCAUUGGCCCAACCAACACAAGACGAUGCACACCAGCUGAAGAACAUUCCGGACCCUGCCUGGAACAUUCAGCCAACAAAACAUCUAUAUUGUUGUACUGAUGUAGUAUAAUGUAGAAUACCUAGUAUACUCACAACUGUAAUGUUGAUUUGAGUAGCAGCAGAAACCAAUAGUGUUGACUUCCAAAUGCUGGAUUAAUUCAUUGUGAUAUUUAAGAAAUCUAGUCAGAAGUAACUUGCUACAAUCUUACUACUGAAAGAAAAAAACAAUGAUACAGAGAGACCAACCAUUGACGUCAUGGUUUGAACACACCCAGCACAAAAACAAAAAAAAAUCCCAAAUUCCUCUCAUCACUCAUAAUUAUUUAGGGAGACUGGGAAGACACUCCAAAUAGUGUCUAGCUGUGAAGGUUACCUUUAAAAUGUCUGUGCUGGGAAAUGUAUCAAGAUCACCCAUGUUGCACAAGCCUUAAACUUACAUAAAUAUCUAAAUAAUAAUAAUAACUUACCUGACUUCCCUGUUAAACAACAUUUAAGCCUAUAGCCUGUCAGGUUGAUUGCAGAAUGUUAGCCUACAUUUCUGAAAUUGUUGAUUAUUUCAUUUCAAAUUUUUAACCCAUUUGAACCUGAAUGAAUGAGACUGGCACUGUAAUAUUUGAUGAGGCUGAGAUAUUUACGAAUCGGAGAGGGACUCUUUUCUGCGUUAUCCCAUUGGUCAAUGUCACUGCAGUGUGCCUCCUGCAGGCAGGCGGAUCGUUGCACCCCUCCCUCCCCAACACGCCUGCUGCUACUGGAAUAACCGGGAAGCGCGCUCUUACAACGGGGAUCUCCUCCGCAACGUCAUUCGCUAAAACCAUUUCUCGAACGGUGGGAUCUUGCGACGUAUUGUAGCUAAGCUUUGAUGGCCAGAUAUGUUGUAGAACAGUGUGAGGGUUGGUGCUGUUCGAGGGGAGGAGCUAGUUUUAAUUCUGGACUUCAAAUACAACAUGCUGGAGAGAGGGCGAGGGGCCGCUCGUUCCCCUUGGUAUAGAGAAGGAUGAAUGCCACUCUGUUCCAGCCUAACUGAGAACGAGGGAGCAACAGAGGAAGAGGUGGAAAGAGGAGAAGAACAAGUGAAGAAGAAGAUAUUGAGAUCCGUACUCUCGAUAGGGAUCCUCUUCGCAAUUUUUUUUUUCUCUCUGUUCGUCUCGCUCUCUCUUUUCCUCCGUCAUCGACAUCGUUCACUGCAGCGGCGCUACCUCUCCUAGACUUUGAGCCGUGAAGGGGCUCGAACACACACACACACACACACACACACACACACACGUUUGGUCUGUGUCCUGUUGAUCUGCUAAUGCUGGGUAAGCCUGGCUGCCUGCCUGCUCGCUCCAUCCCAAUCUCCAGAUCAUGAAGAGGCCCAAGCAACAGACUCAUCCCCUCAGCUUCCUCUCCUUCUUCAGCCGGAAGCCUAAAUCCGAUCCCAGGCUUGAGAGGCCUGCUGGGGCCCACAACAAGGAGGAGGUCUCCAUCACUCUCACACCCAGCGAACAUGCAGACCAGGACCAGAACAUCACAGCCGAAGAGGGCGGGAUCGAGCAAGGCGACUUCGAGGCUGCAUCGUCAGGGGUGACGGGUGACGACCCUGGCGCUGCGGUGGAGGUGGAAUGCUGCGGCGGCGGAGCCAACAGCUCUUCCACAGGUGUCCUAUCCCUCUCCUCUUCCAGCCAGGACCAGCUAUUGGACAAUCACCACUUGGAGGAGUGUCCUUUAUGCCUCCUCAGCCAACCACGAGGCCGGUUCCCUCGCCUCUCUUCCUGUUCCCACCGGGCCUGCUAUGACUGCCUGAGACAGUACCUGAAGAUUGAAAUCUCAGAGAGCAGGGUGGGCAUCGCCUGUCCGCAGUGCCCCGAGGCAUUUGCGCCGCAAGAUGUACGCACCAUCCUGGAUGACUUGACGCUGCUGGAGAGAUUCGAGGAGUACCAGCUGAGACGGUUUCUGGCAGCCGACCCGGACACGCGCUGGUGUCCUGCACCUGACUGCAGCUUUGCAGUGAUAGCGUAUGGCUGUGCUGAGUGUCCUAAGCUAAGCUGCGGGCGCGAGGGCUGCGACACAGAGUUCUGCUACCACUGUCGGCAGCUGUGGCACCCCGACCAGACGUGUGACCAGGCCCGACGCCAGCGAGCACGCCACACUUCCGGGGGAAAUGAUGCCUCCACACUAUAUGUCUUCAACGAGGAGCCUGGAGGAGAGUCGGAGGAGAUCAAGGCGUGUCCUCGUUGCGGGGCCUACAUCAUGAAGACCAACGACGGCAGCUGUAACCGUAUGAACUGUACUGUGUGCGCCUGUCAGUUCUGCUGGCUGUGUAUGCAAGAGAUCACCGACGUGCACUACCUCAGUCCCUCAGGUUGUACAUUCUGGGGGAAGAAGCCGUGGUCUCAGACCCGGAAGGUGCUGUGGCAGGUGGGCAUGCUGCUCGGCGCCCCAGUAAUCAUCUCUCUCAUCGCUGGCAUCGCCAUCCCCGUCAUCAUAGUGGGCAUUCCCAUCUACAUGGGCCGCAAGGUCCACGGACGCUGUAAGAAGAACAAUAUCUCAGGUAGUAAACAUUACCUAACGGUGGCCAGCGGCGUCAUGAUGUCCGUGUUCGUGUCGCCUGUCAUAGCUGCUGUCACUGUGGGGGUGGGCGUCCCGUUGAUGUUGACGUAUGUCUAUGGGGUCGUCCCCACUUCGCUCUGUCGGAACGGGUGGUGCCGGCCGCAGAACGAACCCCCAGAAACACAUAAGAUACAACUGGAAGACCUAGCCAGCUUCAGCGACCACUGGCCGGGACCGGGGCCAAGAGGCCAGACCAACCCCGCCCUCAGCGACACCAGUGUCCAGGAAGUCCUACAAGAUGUUAGGGUCAGCGUACAGGAAGUUGGCCUGCUCCCCAGCACCAGUAGUGCUGCCACGCCCCUGGAACCAGAUGCAUGCGCAGGAUUGGACAAGCAUCAGAUGCGUCAUGUUUAUACGCAGCAGGACAGCCAAUCAGACUGCGAAGGAGCUGGGGGUGCUGGGAUGCUGGAUAAGACACAGACAUUCUCCUUGCGGGAGGGAACAAACAUUGAGGUGCGUGUAGAGAUCGAGGCCCAUCCACGAGGCGCACGUCAGUCCAGCCUCAGUAGCAUCCUGUCCAGUCGCAGCCUAUCAGCUGAGUCCCUGGGUCGAGCACACACAGUAGGCCGCGCCCACUCGCAAGAUCACCUGGGCCAUGCCCACUCCCAGGAACAUCUGUAUGCCUCUGAACAUGAAGAAGAGAGUGGAGAAAAGGAGAGUGGAGGAAGAGAGGGAGAAUGCAGGGACCACCUGCAUGUUUUUGAGACGGACAAUGUCUGAGCUCCGCCUACUAUUUAGGCCACACCCCGCUUCCACUACAGGCUCCUACCACCAACUGUCUUCCUGCUCCACCGUCUAAGAGUCGGGGACAUGGAGAGAGAAAUGGAGAGAGAGAGCGACAGCGAGGAGGGAGAGAUGGGAAAAAGUGUGUUUGUGAAAAAUAGACUAAAUAAACAGGGCCGCUUGCCAACACGGAUGCAUCAAAACGAACCAGAAAUGACUGAAAGCAUGUUGAUCGACUAGUUUGGUGGGUGCUAGCCUCACUUUACUGGGUCCUUUCAGAAGACCCCCCCCCCUCCCCUCCCCCUUCCAAUCUAACACUGGUCGAUUUUAAAUUAUUAUUAAAAUUAUUAACAAGCCCUUUCUCUACCUACUGAUCUAGAGCCGUUUGUAUCAAGCAUCUCAGAGUUGGAGUGCUGAUCUCGGAUCAGUUUUGCCCUUUUUCGAUCAUGAUAAACAUGAUUAUUAUAGACAGAGAAUACCUGAUCCUAGAUCAGCACUCCUACACAGAGACACAUACAACGCCUUCCCCCCCCUUUCCAUCUGAGAUGCAUUGUAAGAGAUCUAAAAGCAUGUUUUGUUCUGUAGGGGUUAGCCACAUGUAACAUGCUGCUUCAACUCUCCUCCUGUCCGUUCCGUGUUGAUGAUGACAUGCCAUGGAACGUUGAGAGGCUACUGUGUACAAGGGUCUAAUGAAGGGAGGGGGGGGGAGUUUCAGCAUUGUCAGAUACCGUGUAAACCUUACUUUGUGCAACACGUUUUAACAGAGGAGCUAUGCUGGUCCAAUGCUGGUCCAACUUUACGGGACUUGUUGAAAUGCAGUCGCCCUCAACUAUGACUCGUUGGGGGAUCUCAGUGAAUUUCAUAGUAGACCACUUUGACCAAACUGGUUAUCAAGCUGUCCCCUUGUAUCACAAGCUUUCAUUGUGGG